CCAUCUUCCCAUCCAAAAGUAGAAGGAAGCUAUUAUUAUACAUACUCUCCUUAGAACAGAGAGAUUAAAGUGAGAUAUAGAAGAAGAGAUGGCCGGAGGAGGUUUAGGUGGACGGCCGGUGAUGGUGGUCGCCGUGUUCUUCGCUAGCCUUGCAGUUGUUGUUCCGAUGAUCUCGGCAGCCACGAGUCACACAGUUGGGGGUUCGACGGGGUGGACCAUCCCGCCUAACGCCAGCUUUUAUCCAAAGUGGGCAGAUUCGCAGCAAUUCGUCGUUGGAGAUACUCUGGUGUUUAAUUUCCCAACCAGCGCUCACACAGUGGCGGAGGUCCCGAAAUCGAGCUACAACGUAUGCAGUAACCGCAACCAGGUGGGCCCCAUCCUGUCCACCGGGCCCGCCACCGUCCCCCUCACUUCCGCCGGCGAACACUACUUCAUCUGCACCAUUACCGGCCACUGCUCCCUGAACCAAAAGGUAGCCAUCACCGUCGCUGCCGGCCCAUCUUCCCCGACACAGUCCCCCGUUCCCGGAGACUCUCAGGAAGGUCCGGCACCUUCGCCGACUGCUGGGGACCAGCCGGGAAGCUCCCCGCCGAGCGGCGGGGGCCCUCCGACGUCGAUGCUCGGGAUUGCGGUGGGGGCGGCUGCCGGGGUUAUUAUGGCGGUUGCUCUUUGGUAGAUGAAGUGAAGUUGGGUGAUUUUUUUGGUGAUGAUUUGUAGGGUUACUGUUUUUAUGUUUGAUUUCUAUGUAUUUUGAGUUGGUGAUUGAUUGAGGUUUUCAUUUCUCCUUUCAUUGUAUUUUAUUAUUUUGCUUUUUGUAAUAAGAGGAGAUAUAGCUAUAUU